AUGGAUUUAUUGAAUGAUGAUUAUGGUUUAGUAAAUAGUGGAUAUCAUGACUUAACUGAUGGCUACUUUCGAGAUCAAUUCUCUCCAACAGGCGGAGAAUAUAUUAAUCCCCAAAAUCCAGAUCAAAUAGUAUCGCCGGUGAUACAUACUCCCCAGACACGGACUCGUAGUAUGGGAAUCGACAUUAGUAGAGUAACCAACCAUAAAUCUUCGAUCACCACUAAAAGCGGUUUAAAUGGCGAGCCCAUGAAGGUUGCCAGGGUCUGCAGAGUUGCGAGAAAGCGCAAAGGCACCGGAGAAAAAGCAGAUAAACCGAAAUUACCCAAAUUGACAAAGUCUUUGAGUGAACUCACCAGGGACUAUCAUGACCUGCCAAUAAGAAACAUGGAAUGCUGGGUUCAUCGAAGUGCAGAGGUCCGCAGGCAAGAAGUUGAAAAACGUGGAGGAUAUGUCACACGGCCUAUGAACAGUUUUAUGCUAUAUCGCUCUGCAUUUGCAGAGCGUACGAAGUUGUGGUGUCUUCAGAAUAACCAUCAAGUCGUCUCAUCCGUUAGUGGUGAGAGUUGGCCCCUUGAGCCCGCAGCAAUUAGAGAUAAAUAUAACGAAUUGGCAAAGAUCGAACGGAGUAAUCACCAAGCGGCACACCCUGGGUACAAGUUCUCCCCCAGCAAAGCUCAGAAUUCGAAGAAAAGAAAAGACUCCAAAAGUGUUGACGAUAUUGGAGCAAGUGAUAAUGAGCCUUAUGCCGAGGAAGAUGAUUAUGCAACAACGGUAGGGGGUUCUCGGGCACGGAAAAACCCACGGGGUGGAAAGAAGAAUCAGAAGGUUUUAGGUCAAGCUCAAAGUGUGGGAAAUCCCAUCAAUGGCUAUAUGGGCUUAUGUUACGACCACAUGGAAGGCGGGGCCCAGAGAUCUUCCUUCACUCACAACAAUCCAGGAAAGACGCCUCCAAUGUGCAUGGGCAGCACAGACAUGAGCGGGCAAUAUUAUCAAACCACAGUACGCGCCAACUCCACAACCCCGAUUUCUCACCCAAUGCACCCAGCAAUAAUUGAAGAUGUGACGAUUCGGAAGACUCAAGCCCCAAUGGGUGUAAUGAAUCAGAAUAGGCUUUAUCAAAUGGACUCAGUUGAUGGAUAUAGCUUGCAGUCUGUUUUCCAAAAUCUCCAUGAUAAUUCGAAAGUUGACCCUGCUUUACUCGGGGAUGAGUCAGUUCGUGUCAGCCCAUACAACAACUGCCGAUUGCAAAACAUUGGUGAGGAUGAUAUGUUGUCUAGCGAAUUUAUCGAUGAAGGUAAUUACGAGCCUAGUCAAUUCGAUAUUGACCGUCUAUUCGCAGCUGCAACCGGCAGUCAAAUACCCGAUAUGCAUUUCCCAGAUGGUGGAGUUCCCUCAGAACCCAUCAACCACCUUGAUGGGAGUGGCAUUAAUCCAAGAUUUGAUGUCAGGAAAUUACCUGGAUAUGACCAAAGCAUGCAAGGCUUCUUGGAUAAUCAGGAACCGUGGAGCGUAACUGGAGAAAUUGGCCACGAUGAAGACCAAUUCCGUUACGAUGAGUGGUUGCAAUAA